UUUGUUGAUAGCCAGCCAGUCGUACGGACGCACAGCAAGCAAAACGAUCGAGAUCGAUGUGCCUACAAUAUUUACUUAGUGAAAAACAAGGGCAAUAACAAUUGCCUCGAACAGAAAACAAAUUAUACUAUUGAAAAGCCAAGAAGCAGACAUUCACUUGCAAAUGUUUGCAGUUUGUCGUUAAGUAUGCGUGGCAAUUGGCAUUAGGUAACCGCAAAUGUCGUCUAUAUAUGUUAUUCACCAUAGAGCGUCUGCUGCUUUUGACGCAUUCAUUCCAUACUACUGCUGGCCAUAUCAGCGUUUUCCACGUCGAAGUGAUUAAGAACUAAACGAGUCGCCACCACAGUCGGUCAUCAAAGUCCAACGAUGCGUCUAGUGUCAGUGUCUGCAACUUGUUGUCCGUUUUCAUUUUUUGAACUUAAAGCCAAAACGCUAUAAACAAAGUGUCUGUUUUUUGUUGUUGUUUUAUAAAGCGAGAACUGCCUAAUAAAUGAUAGCGUAUAAAUCAAUUGAGUGGAAUGCCAAUCAAAUGGGAGCAACAGUGAUAAAUCUAGACCACAAUUGGAUGUGAAGUGCAGAAAUUUAAACAGACUGACAGACAGACAGUCCUGUAGACUUGAAUAUAUUUUAUGCGAAUUUCAAAUCGAUUUGUUGUGAAACUUUAAUAAUAGUGUUCUGAAGACUAUCCUUAGCAGAAACCAGACAUUGCCAGUGUUUUUCUAACUCAAACCUAGUUGUCAUUUGAUAAAUAAGUUUUAUCAACAAACAAAAAAAAAAUAUGAUUUAUUGCAGUGCUUUAGUGUGGCUCUCACUAAUUAAUUAAUAUUAUACGAAAAACUCAACGAGUAUGCCAAAUGUGACCCAAGGAUUUUUUAUAUGUAUUAAUGUGUAAAUAUAUAUUUAUACAAACUAUAGCCAUGUAUAUUUGCAUGUGGAUCACUUGCUCUAAAUGGCCAAGUAAAUAAACAAAAGAAAAUCGUUCACACAGCGCCGCGCACCAUAAAAUGUGUGAAAUGUGUCUAUGUGAGUGUGUGUGUGCGUGAAAAUUGCAAUUGCUAAAAUAAAUAAAUAAGAACCUGAGAGCACAUCAUCAGCAAUCAGCAUCGUGGCGAGCACAUAUUAUUUUCCUAUACAAAUUAAAUGCAAAUUCAUCAUUUUGCGUUUGCUCAGCAUAAAUUGUUUUCAAAACAAAUAGAGCUUGGCCAUAAAUUGUUCGUGUGUGUCUGUGGCUGCGUUGAAAACUAUUUGUGUGCUCGUAUAAAAUUUCUCGCUCUUAUCUAUGACAUUUGACAAUUCGCAACAACAAGUUGAGUUAACAAAAAUGUUUGGAAAAUGUUAAAAAUACAACAUUAUAUGAUAAUGGAGCUGCACUGCCUGCUGAUCAUCUGCUUGCUUUUAGAUAUUUGUGGGUUAUUUAUGGCACAAGCUUAUUUCAUUGACUAUGCAGAAAAUACUGAACUCAUCCAACAACGCUCUGGCUAUGAUGUUAAAUUGCAGUGCAAUCUCAGAGGUCUAGUGGAUGAGUACAGACUGAAGGAAUUCAAAGUACAUUGGUACUUCAAGCAAUGCAGCGAGAAUAACUGUUAUCAACAGGACAAUGCUGAGGAUUGGACGGCUUUGCCCUGCGAGUCUAGCCUAUGCGGACCUGAGCUCUGGCUACGCAAUGUUACCGAAAGUUACUCCGGCUUGUACAAGUGCAGCAUUAACCCUCACAACUUGGAUGCAACAGAAGCAGUGGAUGUGCAAUUCGUGCGAACCUACCAGCUGGAUGUAAAGAAUAGUUCCUUGGCUGCACCAGAGUUCUUGGAUGCCUACCCCAGCAAUAUGAGCGCCCGUGCAGAUAGUCGCGUCGUUUUUCAGUGCCGUGUGCAUAGUGAGGAAUACCCAACCAUUAAAUGGUUUCGUCGCGGUCACUUACCCGCAGCCGAAGCAGCUUGGCCCACAGCUGGUGCCUCAAAUUUCAGCGCACACACAUUGCGCUACAAUGGACGCACCUAUGAGCUGCUUGCUUCUGCCACGGAGAAGCUCAUUGGGCCGCAGAUCUAUCUGAGCAAGCUUAUUCUAAACAGCGUACAGCUCAAGGAUGCAGGCUACUAUGCCUGUGUGGCAAUUAGCUACCUGGGGCAUAAGAUACGCGAGGCAUAUCUCGAAGUGCAGGAGCCGGAGUACUGGGCUGAUUAUGAAACCAGCGAUGAGAGCGUGAGUGAGCCCAGCAGCGAUCCAAGCGAGUUUCUGCUGCUCUUUCUCAUGCCCAUUGGCUUGGCGCUGCUGCCUUUGAGUGUUUGGGGUGGCUACUUGCUUCACAAGCGUUGCAGCAACAAGCGCAGCGAAUGCGAACGCAUCGAAACGCAUUACUCUGACGAGGAACUGGACACGGAGCGCUAUGUCCUGGGCGGCAGUUAGUAUAUUUAGCUGCCUCAUAAAAAUUUGGAACCAAAGACUGUGCUUUAGACUUUAAGCUAACGUUAAUAAAUUAAAACUAUUUUUAC